AUGACACCAAUAUCCCAUUAUAGUAAUUUUCAAGAAUUUAAUAAAUUAACAGAUAAUGAGAUUAGUAAAAUUAUAAACUCAAGAUUAAAUAAUUGCAAUACUAUGGUUUAUGCAUAUGAUGGUACAAGAAGAUCUUACUUAAUUGAAAAUACAAUUUCUAAAUUACAAACUAAUGGAAUUCAUAAUAAUAAAUGCAAAUUUACUGGAAAAGAUGAAAAAACUACAAUUGAUUAUGAUGAUUAUUGUAAAACGGCAAUUUCAAAAUUAUUAUUUGAUUUGGUUAUGAUGUUUAAACAUGGUAUAAAGACAAUAGUUUAUCCAAUGUGGUUUUGCACACUUGAAGAUCGUGGGCCAGAAUAUUUACCAAAGUUUAUUAAAUAUUUAAGUGGAUUAAAGGCAUUACUUGAAAAUGAAACAUUGGUAAAAUUAUACAAAGAAUGUGGUAUUCGUGUAAUAUUCUAUGGAGAAUAUAUAAAAUUAUUAGAACGUGGUAAUGAUCCAAUUCUACUUGAAACUUUCAAUAAAAUAAUGGAAUUAACUAAAGAUAACAUAUCCCACACCAUUUUAUUUGGAACAACAAUUCAAGAGCCAUCACAAACAAUCAUUGAAAAUUCAAUAGACUUUUUUGAAAAAUAUAAUUAUAGACCAACUAAAAAUCAAUUAAUAAAAAAAUACUAUGGUGUAGAUGUCGAUCAAGUUAGUUUUUAUUUAGGUUUUGAUAGAUUCUCAACUGAUGGUAGACCAAUUUAUAUUUCUGACAAAGGAAAUGAGGAUUUAUAUUAUACAAUUUCACCACACAGUUAUUUCUCAAAAAUUAAUUUCAGAAAAGUAUUAUUUGAUAAAUUAUAUUGUAGAUCCAAUACAAAUGCCAAAGAGUAUGAAUUAAAAUUAACCGAUAUUGAAAUGAUGAAAGAAUUUUAUGAAAAUAAUUCAACAAACGUAAUGGGAUUAGGAAAUGUUAAUCCUCAUGGAAACUAUUGGUAUCCAACUCAACAAGUUCAACCUCCAAAAAACUUCGAUAUUAAUAAUUAUAAUUAUAAUAAUAAUAAUAACAAUAAAACUGUACAAAUUAAAGAAAAUAAAGAUCCAAAAAAGGAUCAACAAAAGCUAACCUCUUCAACAUUUAACGAAACAAUAAAAACUUUUAAAAAAUUGGAAUUAAAUAAUAUUAAUAAUAAUAAUAAUUAUUUUCUAAAUAAUACAAACACAAAUAAUAAUAAUAAUAAUAUCAAUAAUAAUAAAAAUAAUAAUAAUAAUAAUAAUAAUAAUAUUAAUAAUAUUAUUAAUAAUAAUAAUAAUAAUAAUAAUAAUAAUAAUAAUAAUAAUAAUAAUAAUAAUAAUAAUAAUAAUAGUAAUAAUAGUAAUAUUAUUAAUAAUAUUAAUAAUGAUGAGGAUAAUAAUAACAAUAAUAAUAAUAAUAAUAAUAAUGAAAAUAAUGAUAAUGAUAUUAACAAUGAUAAUGAAAAUAAUAAUAAUGAUAAUGGUGAUUUUGGGGCAGUAGCAACAACAACCUCUUCUGCCCUCAAAUAUCCAAAGAAAAAUUUUUAUCCUUCUUUUCAAAAACAAGUUGCUUUAACAAAUUAUUAA